AUGACAGAUACUACUAAUAAAAUUAUACGACGAAAGUCUCUAGGUAGAGCCGCAUUUAUUGGGUCUCUAUAUAAUGCUACAAGAGAUACGUUCUGUGGUACUACGAUAAUGAAAACUGAAUUUCCAAAUGAUUCUAUAAAUAGAGCUGAUAUUCUAAAUAAAGAAUUAUCUUACGAAUAUGAGGAUUCGUAUGUGGAAAAGUUCAACAAAUUAGACGUUGAAGCCGAACUGAAAUUAAGUGCUCUCGCAGGACUGGUUACUUUAGAAGGUUCGGGAAAAUAUUUAAGCGAUGUAAAAGAUAGUUCUAAAACUGUAAAAGGCAAUCUAAUAUAUAGAAUGACUUCAUUUGAAGAAAAUUUGAAUAUUUUUCGUGAUGAUGUUAAAGCAUGCAUUUCUACUGACGGGUUUAAUAACACAGAUGCUACUCACGUCGUGGUAGGAAUAAAAUGGGGAGCUACUAUUAUUGCAUCAUAUGAAUGUAAAAACAUUAAGGAAGAGGACAAGCAUCAACUUGAAGCAGAGUUAAAGUCUUAUUUUGAAAAAUUAUCACUUUCUAUUUCCGAAAAUGAUAACGUAGACGCCGAAAAGGAUCAACCUAACUUUAUGAAACGUUUCUCCAUAAAGCUUUUUGGAGAUGCACUUUUUGGAGAUGCAGUUCCGCAUAAUAAAAAAUCCUUUGAUGAAGCAAGAAAAUUCAUGACAGAGCUUCCUUCAUAUGCCAAACAGUUUAAUGAUGGAAAAGGAUUUCCAAUUGAAUAUACUCUCUAUCCAUUGUCAGAACUUGCGAAGAAAAUUACUCAAAAUAUCACAGUUGAUAAUAUGAUGAUGGCAUCAAGUGAAGAAAUUGUUCCAAAAAUAGAGCAAUUCAUUGAUGAUUUAUUCAAUGCAAAACAAAGGCUCAAUGAUUUAUUUAAUGAUGCAAAUUUUAUUUCUAGUUUCAUAUCCGAUAAGAUUUUUGAUGAGAUUAACGAUCAUGUACGAAAUGUUAAAUUAGAGGAGGAAAAAUUUAGAAAGGAGUUCGCGGAAAGACUUAUUAAUAUACGUUCUGGAAAAAGUAAUACUGAUGAACUAGAGAACUUAAUAAAGAUAAUUCAGAAAAGUGCCUUAUCCAAGAGUUCUAUUAUGACGUUCAUUGAUCAAUACCAAUCAGUAUCUAGAAGGGCUGACUUGGUAUUUACUCUUAAAGAAAAAAAUGUAGAGUAUCUUGACAAGGAUUCUACUAUUGAUUAUAUUCUGCGUAUGAAUUCAAAAGGUCAUGUCUAUAUACUUAUUGAUGAAAAUAUUAUUAAUAAUAAUUCAUCGCCAGUGCAUAAUGUAUUUCAAGAUUUAUAUAAUUCAAAUGAGAAAUCGAGUAAGUUCUUUGUGGCUGACCCUAAAAUAUGUUCCAAUAUAAAAGGUCCUGGUUAUCCAGUAAUUCAUCAUUAUGUCAAUGGAAGAUUAGAAAAUAAUGAUUAUUACAAUGCCAAUAAAUUGUUAUUUACAUCAAAUCUUAUUAAAUUUGAUCCUCAACCACUUCUCAAACCAAAAAAUAAUCCUAUUGAGAAGGCGCGAUUACUAGUACCUUGUCCCCAAGCUAAUUGUUCUACAUUUUGUAAUUGGAGAUGUUUCAAAUGUCAUCAUGACGUUGAAUAUGGAUAUAACUGGCAUUUGUACUGUGGAUGUGGUGAAAGUAUUAUCGGCAAUUGCAAAUUCAAAUGCAAUGGUCCUGAUCAUAAUGAAGGAUUUCUAUCUUUUGAAUUCAACACACUUACCACACUGCUACCGCCGGAGCCUCCAGAAGAAAUAAAUAUAUUAUUACUUGGUGAGACUGGCGUAGGAAAAUCCACGUUCAUAAAUGCUUUUGUAAACUAUCUAAGAUUCGAUACAUUAAAUGAAGCAAAAUCUGGAAAUAUGGAAGUACUGAUAUCAUCUAAGUUCACAUUAACAGAUGAAAAUUAUGAUACUCAAACAAUAAAAAUAGGUAAAGAUGAUCCAAAUGAGCAAUCAGAAAAUGUAGGAAUGUCAUCAACUCAAGGAUGUAAUAGUUAUGUAUUCUAUGCAGCUGAAAACAAACGUAUAAGAUUGAUUGAUACUCCUGGAAUAGGAGAUACUAGAGGAUUAGACCAAGACAAGAAAAAUUUUGAAAAUAUUCUGAAAUAUAUUAGUUAUUACCGGCACAUAAAUGGAAUAUGUAUCCUUCUCAAGCCUAAUAAUGCUCGAUUAACUGUAAUAUUUAGGUUCUGCAUACAAGAAUUGUUAUCACACCUUCAUAGAAAUGCAAAGGAUAAUAUUGUCUUCUGCUUUACCAAUGCUAGAGGAACUUUCUACCGUCCAGGAGAUACAUUACCAUCACUUAAAAAACAACUUGGAGACCUCAAAGAACGAUCUAGUGUUGAAAUAAAGGCCAAUCAUGAUACUCUAUAUUGUUUUGAUAACGAAUCAUUUAGAUUUCUAGCAGCAAUAAAGAAAGGUAUUUCAUUUACGGAUGCAGAUGAACAAAAUUUUGCAGAAAGUUGGAAAAAAUCCGUGAAAGAAUCAUUAAGGCUUAUGCAGUAUCUUUUGACACGCCCACCUCAUGCGGUAAAAGAUACUCUAUCACUAAAUAACUCUAGAAAUAUAGUAGUACUACUUUCUAAACCACUUGCGGAGAUAGGACAACUUAUUCAAGCAAAUAUUAAGUUAAUUAAAGAAAAACAAAAUGAAAUAAAAAAUUCCGAUAAGACCAUAGAAGAGCUUAAAGAAAAUCUAUAUAUUCGACAAAUAGAUCUCCAACCAAAAAAAUUGGGAUUUCCAAGAACUGUAUGUACCAGCAUUAGUUGUGUCGUAUCAUUGCAAAUUGGACAAACUAAUAUUAGCAAGAUAAAUUAUGUAACACACUGUCAUGAUCAAUGUUAUCUAAACAAUGUUGCACGCAAUGUAAUAAACAACCCAGCACUAAGAAGAUGCGCAGCUAUGAAUUCAGAUGGAAAUUGUGAAGAAUGUAAGUGUAAAUGGGAUAAACAUAUGCAUAUUGACUAUGAGAACGAGAUAAUAGAUAAAGAUAUCGUUGAUGAGAAUGUAGUAUUGCAGAUUUCAAAAAAGAGAUCAGAUCAAGAAACUAAAAGAGCAAUUGUAGAAGAAUAUCAAGCGAGGGUGAAUCAAUUACGAAUAGAACAACAUACGAUAAAUGAAAUUAGUUUAAAGUUUGCACAAUUUUUAAGACAAAAUGCAAUAGCUGCUUUUAAUGACGCAUAUGCAGACUACUUGGAUCAUUUUAUAAAAGAAGAAAAGAUUAAAAAGAGUGCUGACCCUAAUCGUUAUGAUGAAGAAAUUCUCAAUGGACUCGAAGCUACAAAAAGAAACUAUUUGGAACAAAUUGAAGUUAUUAAAGAAGCAAUUAAAAAUAAUAAUCCUUCCAUGCCUACAAUAUCACCAAACGAUAUAGCUGAGCUUGAACAGCAAUUGUAUGAACUACCAAUCAACGGUCAUACUCUAAAAAAGAUAAAAGAUGAAGCAGAACGUAGUCAGACUAGUGUAUUUAAUUAUAAAGAAAGUCAUUAUUUAGGACCAACAAAACUUAUAUCAAGUACAUUCGCAAAAAUUUUUUACGGAAAAUUAAGUUAUGAUCUAUCUAAAUCCAAUUUUUUCUAA